AUGACCGUUCAGAUCGACGGCCUCGGUACCUUGGCAUCACAUGAUCAGCCUCGUGCCGAGAAGUCGGUUCGGAGGUAUAUUUUGCUAUGUGUACUCGCGCCAUGUGAGAAGCAGCCGACACUACCUAUUUCCUCGGCACCUCACUGGAAACGGGAUGUGCACAGGAAUGAAGUUCAGAACGGCUCUUUCACCCUACUGAUCAAUGGUGAUAUGCCCAGCGAACAUCGGACAUUGCGAGAGAUGUUCAGAGAGUGCCGCAUCAUGCACCACCAACUGAAUCUAGGAUUGUGCAUUGUUGUGCGAGGUGGGUUUAAGCUGUUGUAA